AUGUCUGCCACGAAAAGAGUAACAGAGUCUAGGAAAGUCUGGACGACUCUCAUUACAAAUACGAAGUAUCUAUCUGGACUCCUUACCCUCGACUACUCGCUCAAAAAGCAUAACUCCAAAUAUCCCCUCGUAGCACUUUAUACCGAUGCAUUCCCUCCCGAAGGCCACACCGCUCUCGCUGCGCGCGAAAUCCCGUCGCAGAAAGUCGAAUACUUGCUCCCUAAAGCUGGGAAAGAUUAUUCUGCCGAUCCGCGCUUUUACGACUGUUGGACAAAGUUAACACCGUUCAGCUUAAUAGAGUAUGAUCGCGUGGUGCAGUUGGAUAGUGAUAUGUUAGUUAUGCAGAAUAUGGAUGAGUUGAUAGAGAUGGAGCUUGAUGGACCUGAGCUUGCUGGGAAAGGCAAGAGGGUUUUCGCAGCUGGGCAUGCGUGUGUGUGUAAUCCGCUGAAGAAGCCACAUUAUCCUAAAGACUGGGUGCCAGAAAAUUGCGCUUUCACCAGCCAACACUCUACUCCCGAAAUUGCACAAACAGUCGGCCCUGACCCAGCUGUCGGGCCUUUAGGGUUUAUGAAUGGUGGUCUUCAAGUCGUCAAUCCGUCCCAAGCUGUCUACGAUCAGAUUGUUGCGCACAUGGAAUCUGAUGCCGUAAUUGAUAUGGACUUCGCUGACCAGUCGUUACUCUCGGACCUGUACUCUGGACGCUGGGUUCCCUUACCAUAUAUCUACAAUGCCUUGAAGACUUUAAGAUGGGAGAAUGUGCAUAGCAAGAUCUGGCGAGAUGACAAGGUCAAGAAUGUCCACUAUAUUCUUGCACCUAAACCAUGGGACGAGAUAGAUGCUGAAGGUAUAAAUACGAGUAAGGAUCCUACACACGUUUGGUGGGUAGAUGCAAAUAACGAGCGUUUGGCGUUGGAGGAGAGUAAGGGUAUUAAGAAGGACGGAUUCUAG